AUGCCUGAGAAGACUCCUAAGAAGGCUGGCGCCGCCGACGGGCUCAAGCACAAGCCCACCGCUCGCGACCUCGAGCUCAUGUAUUUCGCCCUGCAGUGUGCCAGAGACCCAGCCAUCGACUAUAACAAGUUUGCCAACGUCGCUGGGUUCUCUUCUGCAGCCAGCGCUCGCUCUUCAUGGUGCGCUCUCAAACGCAAGUUCUUCGAACACGGCGAUGCCGCUGGCACCCCCGUCGACAGCGCCAAGAAGGGCAAGGCCACCGGCAGUGGCCAAGAUGAUCAAGCUGAAGCCCGCCCCCGAGGCCGCCCCGAGGCCGCCCCCGAGGCCAAGGCUGAGUCUAGCGCCAAGCCCAAGGUUGAGUCUUCUCCCGAGGCUGCCCAGGAGGGUGACUCUCUCGAGGUCUGCCCUGGCUCGGAGGAGUCUAACUAG